UUUAACCUAAAAGUUCGUCGCUUUUUCUUGCAAGAGCUCUUUUGAGGUGGAUCUGGAUUCUGGGAACUUGAUCAAAAGUUCUCGUCUUUUAUGGUAUAUAUGAAUUAAAAUGGACCCGAAAAGUUGUUCGAAUUCAAGUGAGGCUGUGAUUGUGGCUCAUGUCAAGGGUCAGACCAGUGACUCUGUUUCAAAAAAGGUGUUGAUUGAAGAAGAGGAAGAUGUGAAGAAACCGCUACAAGAAAAUGAUUCAAGAAUGGACAAAGAUGGUGUUAGCUGCAGUAGUAACAUUUCAGCUCAUGCUGUUCAUGAGGAAGUUGUGGAUAAUGUUAGUGCGGUAAGCUGCAACGAGGCAGAGAGUGAUACUUUGAAAGCAAAGGCGAAGGAGUUCCACACUAUUGAUUUGAGUGGUGAAGGAGAAAGAAUCUGCAGGAUUUGUCAUUUUGGUUCUGAUCAAUCACCUGAGGCUUCUGGUGAUGAUAAGUCAGUAAGUCCGGAGUUGAUUGAGAUUGGUUGCAAAUGCAAAAACGAGCUUGGCCUUGCACAUUUCCAUUGCGCGGAAGCUUGGUUCAAGUUAAGAGGGAACAGUGUGUGUGAAAUCUGCGGUUGCACAGCGAAGAAUGUUACAGUAAGGUUGAUGGAGGAUUGGAGCGGCGAAAGGGACAAUACAUUGGAAGAGAGAAGAAGACGAGGAAGAGGACAAUCUUGCUGCAUCUUCAUGGUUUUUCUGCUCACUAUCCUUUUGCUUCAUUGGUUUUUCAAAAAGAUUAGCGGUUACUACCAAAACACUUGAAUAAAGUAUAUCUGUUGGUCAUUUUAUCAUUUGAUUCUGACUCUAGACUAUAUGGAAAAGAGAUGAUAGAAUCCAAGUUCUUAGAUCAAACUCUGAUUCAUAAUCUAACAGAUGGACAAUUUAGAGUUGUGACUGUAGAUUUUGACUCUUAACUAUUAGAACAAAACCAUUUUGUGAGACUUGUUUUGUAUUUCUCUAUCUUAAAGAAAGGGCAAUUUCGUCC